GUAUCUCAAUUAAGAAAAAUGAAUUUAAAAAUUAUUAUAAUUUGUUGUAUUUUACUAACAUGUGUCCUGCCAGUCGCUGAGACUGGUAAGAGACGCCAUCAAGGACGGUCUCGGGGCCACAGACGUAGUGACGUCCUUGUUGAAGGCAAGGACAAGAGCUCGAGCUGACCUCCAGCACACGGACUAUUAUGGCCUCCUGGAGGCUGAGAUAAUGAGACGUCAGGCAGACGGUCCUGACGUUGAAGUAACUCGUGAAGACCUUCCUGAAGGAGGUCACCCGCGAUAUGACGGUGCUGAAGGAGGUCACCCGCAACAUGACGGUGCUGAAGGAGGUCACCCGCGACAGCACGAUGCCGAGGACUUCGCUCACCCUCGACAGCACGGUGCUAAGGUCAAUCACGGCGCCCUCAAGGAUCAACUGUACAACUUGCAGGUCCUCCUUGAAGAGUCCCGGCGCCAGGAACGUCAGUCUAAAGAGGAAUACAAGGAUAUGGAGAGUAUCUCUCAGGAGUGUUCUCAUGCAGUACCCGAGGCUGCUCUGCUCUUGCAACAGGAACACAGGAAGACUGAGGAGCUGAGAGCUCUAGCUGAUGCUAAAGCUCUUGAGCUGAAAACUCUCCAAGAAACCCAUGAGAGCCUCAAACGCGAGCAUGGCAAAGCGAAUGCUCGAGUGAAGAAAUGGGACCGAAAAACCUCUAAUUUGGUAAAGGCUCGUAACGAGGUUGAAAACAAUUAUAAUAACUUACAAGAAGAGCAUGAACGGCAGCUGAAAGCUUAUCAAGAGCUCCUUCAGUCGCACAAAAAGGAAAGGAAACAGAAGAAGGAACUUAAAGAAAAGUACAAAAAACAUCUCCGUCGAAACAGAAACAUUGUCGAACACAGUGACAAACACCGAAGUUUAAACAAUGAACUGGAGGAAAAAAUUAAAGAUUUAGAAAAGAAAUUGAACGAGAAACACAGUCAGUUUGAGGCGCUCCGCGGUGAUCAUAAUGAGCUUAAAAACGAACAUCGAAAUGUUAAGCGAAUCGCAGAAGAAAGAAAGAAGGAAAAUUUCAAACUGGCUGAGCCUCGCAAUCAAGCUGUGUACAGAUAUGACGUCCUUCUCAAGGAACACAAGAAGGAGCGUAAGGUGUACGACAAGGCUUCACGUAAACACGAAACACUCAGUCAUAGUAACAAUCUAAUGGAGCAUAAUCUGGAGAACCUACAGAAAAUGUUAGAUGAGAAAGAUCGCGAGGAGAAGGAGUAUCUAGCAGUACUCAAGAGCAAGAAAGAAAAGUAUAACGAACUAGACAAAACUCGCGCUAAUCAUCACAUGCGGGAACGUCAGUGGCUUCGAGCAGUCACUAAGUUCAAGAAAGAAGCAAAUGAUCUGUAUAAUCAGCUGAAGCGUUACCGGUCGCUAACGGAGGAGAGAGAGAGAGAACUUCACAAUCACUAUAAUACACUCGCAGACAAAGAUGAGAAGAUUGGGUCCUUAACCAAAGAACUGGAAGCCGUGAGACUGUCAGUAGCUGACAGUCAGCAAGAUCAUAGCCAGUGUCAGCGGGACUCCACAUCAAUGAUUACCGUAAGUCUUCACCCCACUGACUCUUGUACCGGCGUGUUCCAGUGUGUGAACCGUUGUGUUCCAGUGGGGACCAAUGUGCUUCAGUGUGUGUGGAAGGUUGUGUCCUAGGCCUACACUGCGUGUAAAAUCUCCAUGUGUAGGCCAAUAAACCCCUGGCUGCCUUCAAGAGAGAGCUGGCAGAGAUACCUAAAGUCAGUGCCGGAUCAGCCGGGCUGUGGCUCGUACGUUGGACUGCGUGCGGCCAGCAGUAACAGCCUAGUUGAUCAGGCCCUGAUCCAUCGGGAGGCCUGGUCAUGGACCGGGCCGCGGGGGCGUUGAUCCCCGGAAUAACCUUCAGGUAGGCCUCCUCCUGUAUUUUUUU